GAGGGCAAGUUGGAAGACAAAGAAACAGAGCACCUUCAAUACAAAUGUGAACUAAAUACUAUCCGUAAACAUUAUACCGAAAGUUCUGAAAUUGGGCAGAAGUUGCUAACGUGGAAACAAGAUUUUAGGGCCAAAUCCUUCAGCGGGGAUGUAGAGGAUGACGAUCCACUCAUAAGCAAUAAUAGAGUCAAAGGAUCUACAGUACAUUAUAAUACGUCAUCAUCAUCAAGUUCGCAAUUCUUGGAGACGCCAAUUGGGACAGAAAGUGUCGGGUCUAGUAGAGGAGUUACAGAAAUGGCUAGCGGUAUAAACAAAGUUAAUAGUGCCAGGCAUGAUAGACCACAUACUCCGCCUCAUCAAAUUAAUUCUACAUCUAAAAAUCAAGACUUACCUAAACGAUUAAGACAAGAAAAACAGCGAACAAAAUCCACGUAUGAACCAAUCUGCUCAAACAUAAUCGACACAACAAACAAACCUUUAAUGGGUAGAUUGAAAAUCAAACGCGAUUAUACAUGGGAUCCUGUCACUAAUGAUGCUACAAAAUAUAUUGAUGAAUUAAUCGAUAAUUCUAAUACUCGCAAUGGAUUCCGUAGAAAACUUCAACUUCCAUUUGUUCCAUCAGAUGAAACAUAUUCAUUUAGCAAACACUAUGAAAUACAUUGGGUUCAUCGUUUUGCUGACAAAUUGUGA